CCUCUUCUCUGCUCCCACUACUGCACUGGACUCCCAAACGUACACUGAUACACACCGUCCAUCCGGCACUAUGAAGACUGUCCUGGCUCUGCUGAUGUUGGUAUGCCUGGCCUGCCACAGUAAGUCUCUGUACAGCUGGCAGGGUUAUUUACUCAACUAGGGGGGGACCGUCUGGGGGGUUCAGGGUUUUAUAAGAGUUUAUAAGGGGGUUAAAUGGGGGACUCUGAUUCCCAAAUGGUGGGUCUGAAUCUAGUCUCUACUGGGUCACUGUUAAAGCUGGGUUCAGGUUAGAAAUGUUGUCUUGGUUAUCUGAUGGGUGGCAAAUUAAUGUUAAGAGCUUAGUUCGAUCACGGAACUGCCAGGGGACCGACUGAGUAGUUGAUGCUAACGCUAACCCUAACCCUAACCAUAGGUCAACACUAUCCAUAACUGUACCAGAUAUACCAGUACCAGUCAUAUUUCAGUUUGUUUUGUUUUAGUCAUCAUAUUGGUAGGGGUUGUGCGGAACACUUUCGACACCUUGUAGAGUCCAUGCCCCAACGAAUUGAGGCUGUUCUGAGGGCAAAAUGGGAGGUGCAACUCAAUUUUAGGAAGUGUGCCUUGAAGUGCUAGUGAAGGGCUGUGUUCACCUGUCUGUCUGUGUAUUUGGCUGUUUCAGUAGUGGGUUUCAGUGUGGUCUGAUUUGUUCAUAAACACCCAAGGGGUUGACAGGACAGGAAACAUGGCCAGGGUCAGUCUGAGUUAAGUCACAGACACAGCCUUAGAGUUAUCCGUACAUCAUCUGAUAUCAGUUUGUUGUUAUGAACUCCCAGUUCCUCAGAGGCAAUGUGUGCAUGGUGAGACCGAGAGUUAGGAUUAUGUUGAGCGGUAGCCUGGAUACAACUUCUUGCAGAGUGAGUGCUAGUCUUUCUGUGAGUGCUAGUCUGUCUGUGAGUGCUAGUGGUAAAUGCUGCUUAGUCUCAUCUCAGAUGUUCUCUCCUGUUCCAUGUCUAAAGGUCAUGCACUGAAGUGUCACUCAUGCAUAGCAUCCAAUGAGGGUGAUUGUAUCAAACAAGGCUCCACCACCUGCCCUCAAUUCGCCGACGCCUGCUCCACCAUCACAGGACAGAGUGAGUACACACACAAACUCUCACCACCUGCACAAAAAUAACUUUCAUGACCAAAGCUUGCAGCAUUCUUUUCAGACUCUAGAUGUCAGGCUAGUUCUAGGACAACACCACCAUCACCACUAUAUGAUUGGAUAGGUAUAAGUUGUAUGGAAAUUGCUGUAAUUAGACUAAAGCAUUCCCCCCAUUGAGGCUGUAUAGGGUGUAUAUUAUCAGUGUUCUAGCUACUGUGGAACUGACAUGAACACAUCUUGAACACAUCUUGUACAAAACUGAUUUUAAUGUUAAAUAAACAUGUCUUUAUGCUACUAUACUACAUCACACACUAAAUUAAUGACCACGCAAAUUUGAUAAGAGUACAUAUGUAUUUCUCUCUCUUUUGUCAGCAGUCUCUCUCCCUGCCCCUGUAAUCAGUGUGUGUGUGUGUGUGUGUGUCCUCAUCUCUGAGGUUUCUGGAUAAGUUCCCAGCAGCUUUUAUCAACCACAACCCUCUGUGUCUGUGGGAGAGAAGAGGGAAGAGUGGGGGGGAGCGAGGCAGGGGCUAGGGCUAAGAAGAGGGAAGAGUGGGGGGGAGGGGCUAAGGCCAAGAAGAGGGAAGAGUGGGAGGGAGUGGGGCAGGGGCUAGGGCCAGGGCCAAGAAGAGGGAAGAGUGGGGGGGAGGGGCUAAGGCCAAGAAGAGGGAAGAGUGGGAGGGAGCGGGGCAGGGGCUAGGGCCAGGGCCCCAAGAAGAGGGAAGAGUGGGGGGAUGGGCUAAGGCCAAGAAGAGGGAAGAGUGGGGAGGGAGUGGGGCAGGGGCUAGGGCCAGGCCCAAGAAGAGGGAAGAGUGGGGGGGAGGGGCUAAGGCCAAGAAGAGGGAAAAGUGGGAGGGAGUGGGGCAGGGGCUAGGGCCAAGAAGAGGGAAGAGUGGGGGGGGGGGGCUAGGGCCAAGAAGAGGCAGAUUGAAGGACGAGGAGGAGAGUAAGAAACCAUGGUUCAACAGGGCUGGAAUAAGCUAAUACUGACUCACCUUCCUCAUACCUUUCCUACCGCUCUCCCUCCCCCUCCCCACUCCUCUCUCCUCUUCUCCCUUUCUCCCCUCUCCUCCUGUGUUUCAGACACGGUGAUGAAGUCAUGCUCCUACAAGGCGUUCUGUGAUAAGGCCCACAAUGGCAACUCUGGAGCCAAGAUGGAGUGUUGUUUCACGGACGACUGCAACGGGCCCCAUAAGGGCCACCGCCACGGGGAGCACAAUAACACAGCUAAAGCCCUGGGAGCCAGCCCUGCUCUACUACUUGGGGCUCUGAUGCUCCGCAUGGCCCUCAGCAGGCUCUAAACUCCUGAUCAUAUAUACAUACAUCACUCUACUAUCCAUAUAUCCAUGUAGUCAUUCUUUCAUACAGCCCUACCAUUAAACCAUUUAUCGCCUCGGUCAGGUGUGUCAGCGGAGUGCUG